UUUCCUUCCUGUUGGCCCCUUCCCUCCCUUGGGUCCCGCCCCUUCCUCCUCGCCGCGAGGGGCCCUGGGAAGCGGCGGGAGCAAUAUGGCGGAUGGCGAAGAGCCGGAGAAGAAAAGAAGGAGAGUAGAGGAGCUGCUGGCUGAGAAAAUGGCUGUUGAUGGUGGGUGUGGGGACACUGGAGACUGGGAAGGUCGCUGGAACCAUGUAAAGAAGUUCCUCGAGCGAUCUGGACCCUUCACACACCCUGAUUUCGAACCAAGCACUGAAUCUCUCCAGUUUUUGUUAGAUACAUGUAAAGUUCUAAUCAUUGGAGCUGGUGGCUUAGGAUGUGAGCUCCUGAAAAAUCUGGCUCUGUCUGGUUUUAGGCAGAUUCAUGUUAUAGACAUGGACACUAUAGAUGUUUCCAAUCUAAAUAGGCAGUUUUUAUUUAGGCCUAAAGAUGUUGGAAGACCUAAGGCUGAAGUUGCUGCAGAAUUUUUAAAUGACAGGAUUCCUAAUUGCAAUGUAGUUCCACACUUCAACAAGAUUCAAGAUUUCAAUGACACUUUCUAUCGACAAUUUCAUAUUAUCGUGUGUGGCCUGGACUCCAUCAUAGCCAGAAGAUGGAUUAAUGGAAUGCUGAUCUCUCUCCUAAACUAUGAAGAUGGUGUGCUGGAUCCAAGCUCCAUUGUCCCUCUGAUUGAUGGGGGAACAGAAGGUUUUAAAGGCAAUGCCCGGGUGAUCCUGCCUGGGAUGACUGCGUGCAUCGAGUGCACGCUGGAGCUCUAUCCACCACAGGUUAAUUUUCCCAUGUGCACCAUUGCAUCUAUGCCCAGGCUACCAGAGCAUUGUAUUGAGUAUGUAAGGAUGUUGCAGUGGCCUAAAGAGCAACCUUUUGGAGAAGGGGUUCUAUUAGAUGGAGACGAUCCUGAACAUAUUCAAUGGAUUUUCCAAAAAUCUCUAGAGAGAGCAUCACAAUAUAAUAUUAGGGGUGUUACAUAUAGGCUCACCCAAGGGGUGGUAAAACGCAUCAUUCCUGCUGUUGCUUCCACAAACGCAGUCAUUGCAGCUGUGUGUGCCACUGAAGUUUUUAAAAUAGCUACAAGUGCAUACAUUCCCCUUAAUAAUUACUUGGUAUUCAAUGACGUAGACGGGCUGUACACUUACACAUUUGAAGCCGAGAGAAAGGAAAACUGCCCAGCUUGUAGCCAGCUUCCUCAGAACAUUCAGUUUUCUCCAUCAGCAAAACUGCAGGAGGUUUUGGAUUAUCUAACCAAUAGUGCUUCUCUGCAAAUGAAAUCUCCAGCUAUUACAGCCACAUUAGAGGGGAACAACAGAACACUUUACUUACAGUCAGUAACUUCUAUUGAAGAACGAACAAGGCCAAAUCUUUCCAAGACGUUGAAAGAAUUAGGACUCGUUGAUGGACAAGAACUGGCAGUUGCUGAUGUCACCACACCACAGACUGUACUAUUCAAACUGCAUUUUACUUCUUAAGGAGAAUAAAUCUGCACAUAAUAGAACACUUAGGGAAAUAAGAUACUUCAUGGAUGCUAAGAAAUAUAAUUGAUGUCAUUUUUAGCAUUAGUAUUGCUGGAAUUUGUUUUUUUUUUUUUUUUUUUUUUAAUGUAAUGAACUACUCUUUUUUAACUUGAUAACUUACCUUGAAGACAGAGUUUUGGGGUUGGUGCUUACAAGCAUCUUCCUUGUAUGGGUGAUGAUGCCUGGAGGGAGAGGGUACCUGGACUAAGUGGGUUGCUUCUCUUGAAGGAGGAGGCAGGCGCCCUCCUGUGUGUGAGCAUUGUUAUUCUGCUUGAAGAACACACUCCUCGGCCUUCACUUGAGCACCACAUACACAGAGGACAACCUUCAAGGAAAUAAGGAAUUCAGUUUUUAACAUUACAGCUUGACAUGUAGAGUAUCCUGAACAUAGACUGUUUCUUGAUUUAAUGCUCAUUUCACUGUGGCUGUCCAAAUGAAUGUUAAUUAUUGCAUUUUAUCUUGUCCAUAAUAAUUUGUAAACAGUGUUAUAACUGAAUACCUGUGCAUGAAAAUAGGAACUAUUUUCAUGUAUUUAUUUGUAGUGCCAUAGAGGCCAAUAUGCACAGAUUUAAGCCAGGACAUGGCUGUUUAAAAAAUUUACUGUUUAAACAGUUAUCGCUGAUGCUUUUGCACUAUUUAUUAAUAAAAUCAUACAUUGUCUUCCUUUUUCACUGAAAUUUUAAAAAGUAGAUUAAGUUGAAUAGUAAUUCCAAAGUAAUGUAGGAAUAAUUUUUAAAUGUUUAAAAGAAUUACUAUCACCAGAUUUUUAUUGCACCUGAAUUAAUACUUUUGCUACAGUGAUUUCCACAGUAAAGAUCUACUGUUUUAAUCUGA